AUGCACGCCGAUUUUCCAUUCACGGCCAUCCUCCUCCUCCUCCUCCUCUUGCCGCUUAGCUCGGCCGCUGCUGCUAUCUCGUACUCGGAUCACUGCGGCGCCAUCGUACGGGAUCUGCCUUUGCUUCCAAGCCCUAAUCCUCCACUUCUCACCCCUAAGUUUCUUGCUCUUCGCCACGCCCAUGUUGAUGCCAGUGCAAACAAUAUGAACAAGGGAAUUUCUGAAAUCCCCAGGUCGCUAUCAUUCUCCUGUCACAAAGCGUAUAGAACCCAGAAAGAUGCUGUCUUCAAAAUCGAAGGGGUUCUGAGCGUAGCCGGUGUGGGUUACUCUCGUAAUCGGACCCGCCGGGGAUUGCGCCUUGUGCAUUUCCGGCCGCCGAGGAUUCCGGUGACGCCAGGUGACGCCUGGAAUUCAAUCAGUUUUACGUUGAGUGGGUUUUGGGAUUCUGUUUCAGGGAAGCUCUGUAUGGUUGGGUCUGGUUUUGGCAGGUUAAGCUCUAAUCAUGUUGUUUUAAAGCUUGAUUAUUUGAAUUCGUCGAAUAUAUUCAAUAGUUUAGUUAAUGGCACUAUGGAAAGUGUAGAUGUAGAUAAUGAAAUGAAUCGUGACCGGAAAUUGAUAUCAAUACUGGGUGUGAAUUUGAGGACCUAUAAGUAUGAGUUGAUUGAUAAAGAAAUUGAAAGUAAUGAGUUUCAGUUGUUGGAUGAUAUGACAAGUGUUUCUUUAGGCUUAGAGGAUUUGGGGCAGAAUAUGUGUACAUAUAUUAUAUCUGCUGGAAUAGUUGAUCUGGAUUAUAAGAGUGACUGCAAUAGUGUGAGUUGCAAUUUUCUUGGAAGAGGAAAUGGUAAUUUCACACCAAGUGUGAUGUACUUUAACCAAAUUGAGUGUUUGGACGGUGGUACAGUGAGGUUCUUGUUGGGGUUCGGGGAUUUGGGGCACAAUGGUUAUGGGUUGCCAUUUGAACCAAAUAAGACAUUGGUUAGUGAAGGGAAAUGGGAUGGGAAGAAAAGAAGGCUUAACAUGGUUGCCUGCCGUAUUUUCGGCGAUGGGGAUGAGGGUUUUGUUGGAGAGUGUUUGAUCAGACUAAGUUUAAGAUUUCCAGCUAGGUGGACAUUAAGAGAGAGAAGCUAUAUAGUCGGGGAAUUGUGGAGUAGUAGAAGUGUUAAUGAAUCGGGCUAUUUUGGCAGUGUGUCUUUGUCAAGCAUAAAGAAUAAGAAUGCCAGAGCAGCAGGCUUGACAUAUGAGUAUAAAGAGAUUUCAAAUGCCAGAAAAUCUUGUGCAAAUAAGAUGAUACAGAAAACAGAGGAAGGAAAGUACCCUGCUCCAUUAUCGCCUGAUAUGAGAUUUGACAUGUUUGGUGGCAAUAAGAAAGUGAAAGAUCUUUGGGGUUACUCUUCUCCCCUUUACAUAGAUAAUCAGCCUUACCAGUUAUCCUCUGUGGUUGGAAGGGAAGCAGACUCUACUUGGGAAGGGAAGCAAAACCUUAGUAAAAUGAUAAAUGUCAGCUAUAUACUGAGCCUUGCAACUUCUCAUGAUUUCAGGCUCAGCAGUGAAUAUAUGCAAAUCAAAUCAUUUGAAAUCUCUGCUGAAGGGACAUAUGACUUUGGAAGUGGGCACCUUUGCAUGAUUGGCUGUAUGGAUGUCGGGCCACCUAAAGCAAGGGUAGGGCGAAACGUAUCACUGGAUUGUGAGAUUCUGGUUGACAUUCAGUAUCCUCCACUUAAUGCGAGAAAUGGAGGUGCCCUAAAGGGAACUAUUGAAAGCACACGAGAGAAGUCUGACCGUCUUUACUUUGAACCUUUUGAAAUUUUUGCAAGUUCAGUUUAUGCAGGGCAAGCAAAGGAAUCCAUAUGGAGAAUGGAUUUGGAGAUUACCAUGGUUCUGAUUUCCAACACCCUCUCAUGUAUCUUCAUGGCUCUGCAGCUAUUGCAUGUCAAGAGACAUGCAGAUGCACUCCCCAUGGUUUCUGUCAUAAUGCUUGUCGUACUCACUCUAGGGCAUCUUGUUCCACUAUUAUUGAAUUUUGAAGCUCUCUUCAUGAUGAGCCACAACAAUGUGAAUGUCUACUUCGGUAAUGACGGAUGGCUUGAAGUGAAUGAGGUGUUAGUGAGGGUAAUAACCAUGAUACCUUUCUUACUGGAAGUUGGACUUCUCCAAAUGGCCUGGUCUUCAAGAUCUGGUGAUGGAAGCCAGAAGAACCUCUGGAUAUCUGAGAAGAAAGUUCUGUAUCUAUCUUUACCUAUGUAUAUUGGUGGUGGGUUGAUUGCUUGGUUCGUUCACCUGUCAAGAAAGUCAUAUCAAAGGCCAAGGAUCCACCAUCUUGGAUAUAAACAGCAAUCUGUAUGGGGUGAUCUCAAAUCCUAUGCUGGGUUGAUAUUGGAUGGCUUUCUGCUCCCGCAAGUACUGUUCAAUAUAUUUUCCGACUCCAAUGGGAAGGCUCUUGCUCCUCCGUUUUAUUUUGGAAUAACUUUUGUUCGUCUACUGCCACAUGCAUAUGACCUUUACAGGUCUCAUAGCUCUGCUUGGUCGUUCAGUUACAUAUAUGCAAACCCAAGACUUGACUACUAUUCCACCGCCUGGGAUAUUAUCAUUUCGGUUGGAGGUCUUCUAUUUGUUUUCAUUAUUUACUUGCAACAACGGUUUGGUGGACGUUGCCUUCUACACAGAAGAUUCCGGCAGAGGUCCACAUAUGAGAAACUACCUGUAGCUAGUACUGCAUGA